AUGGGAUUGGCAGAGAAUAUCCUCUUAUACGGCGUGUCUUUGUUAGCAGUCGUAUUUAUCGCCGCAUAUUUAUUCUGCACCCGCAAAUUUGGGCACUGGAAGAAGAAAGGUGUAAAAUAUCUAAAGCCAAUCCCCUUCGCUGGAUCUCUAAAAGAUGUGGUUUUAAUGAAGAAGCCCCUCGGUUUAGUUGCAAAAGAAAUCUACGAAAAGUAUAAGAUCGAACCGUUCAUCGGAAUUUACGCCUUCGACGAACCUGUGCUCCAAAUCCAUGACAUCGAUUUAGUGAAAACCAUCUUUAUGAAAGAUUUCUCCUACUUUUGUGAUCGUAGCCUCAACGCAGAUGAAACUGCGGAUCCCCUAUUCGCAAAGGCGUUAUUUUGUCUCAAUGGAGAUCGCUGGAGACAAUGUCGCACUGCAAUAACGCCUAGUUUCACGUCUGCAAAAAUGAAGAACAUGUUCGAGCUUGUCAUGCAAUGUACGAAUAUGCUUUUACUGGCAAUUGAGAAAGAUGUUGAAACAGCAACACCGAUUGGCGUGUACGAGCUGGCAGCACGCUACACAACAGAUGCCAUUGCCACAUGUGCUUUUGGCAUUCAGAGUCAUGCACUGAAUAAUCAAAAUGCCGAUUUCCGCCGAAUUCUGAGAUUGUCGUUUGAAUACACGACUAAAGAAGCUCUUGCAGUUGUGGCUAAAUUUCUCUCACCGAAACUUGCCACUAUACUUGGAUUGAAAUUUGUUAAGCCUGAAGUAGAAACGUUUAUAAUGAGAACAAUUACAUCUGCAAUAAAUGAACGAGAAGAGGCAAAGAUAAAACGCAAUGAUUUGUUGGAUAGUUUAAUACAACUGAAAGAUUCUGGAAGAAUUGUAGAGGAUGACACAUAUGUACAAUUCGAUCUACUAGAUGUUGCAUCGAACAGUCUGGGUUUCUUGUUGGCGGCAUUUGAAACUUCUGCGACCACUAUGACAUAUAUUUUGUACGAGUUGGCGAUGAACGAAACAUUGCGAAAGUAUCCCCCAGUACCUUUCAUCGACAGAGUAUCAAACAAACCAUACACCGUGCCUGGCACAAUGAUUACUUUAGAGGCAGGAUCUAGGAUCCUUGUACCCAAUUAUGGAUUCCACACAGAUCCAGAAUACUUUCCGAAUCCCAAACAGUUUGAUCCUGAACGGUUUUCGGAAAGAAAGAAGAACGCCAAUCUUCAAUACUAUAUGCCUUUUGGUGAAGGACCACGGAGUUGUCCAGCCGCAGUCCUUGCCGCCUAUUUAUUCAGCACACGCAAAUUCAGUCACUGGAAAAAGAAAGGUGUGAAGCAUCUCACACCGAUCCCGUUUGCUGGAUCGUUAAAAGACGUGGUUUUAAUGAGGAAGCCCUUAGGCGUUGUGACCAAAGAAAUCUACGAAGAGUUCAAGACGGAACGGUUCAUCGGAAUUUAUGCCUUCGAUGAGCCGGUCCUCCAAAUCCAUGAUCUGGAUUUAGUCAAAGCCGUGCUUGUGAAAGAUUUCCAAUACUUCUGUGACCGGAGUCUGCAUGCGGAUGAAAAUAUGGAUCCUUUCUUGGCCAAGGGCAUUUUUUGUUUAAAAGGGGAUCGAUGGAAAAAGUGUCAAACACUCAGGAAAUAUCCCCCUCUACCUUUCAUCGACCGAGUGUCAAACAAACCGUACACAUUGCCUGGCACCACUGUUACUUUGGAGGCUGGAUCUCGGAUACUAAUUCCCAAUUACGGAUUCCAUAUGAAUCCUGAAUACUAUCCUAUUCCCAAACGUUUUGACCCUGAGCGGUUUUCUGAACAAAAUAAGCACGUAAAGUAUUCUUACUUGCCUUUCGGCGAAGGGCCACGGAAUUGCGCUGGUUUCCGCUUUGCCAGCAUGCAAGUGAAGACUGCAAUUGCAAGAAUCAUCUGCAAUUACUCAGUACAUCCCUCCAGCAAAACUCCCACAGAAAUAGAUUUUACACCCAAGACAUUUUUUCUUGCGUUCUUGUUGGCGGCGUUUGACUCUUCUGCCACUACUAUGUCAUAUAUUUUGUACGAGUUGGCGUUGCGCAACGACAUCCGAGAUAAACUACGCCAACAAAUUCAGAACAAUGCUACCAAAGAAAAUUUGUGUUUUGAAUCACCCUUAGGAUUAGUGACCAAAAAGAAAUUCUACGAAGAGUUCAAGACGGAACGGUUCAUCGGAAUUUAUGCCUUCGAUGACCGGUCCUCCAAAUCCAUGAUCUGGAUUUUAGUGAAAGGCGUGCUUGUGAAAGAUUUCCAAUACUUCUGUGACCGGAGUCUGCAUGCGGAUGAGAAUGUGGAUCCGUUUUUGGCUAGGGCCAUUUUUUGUUUAAAGGGGGAUCGAUGGAAAAAGUGUCGUACUGCAAUAUCGCCUGGUUUCACACCUGGAAAAAUGAAGCGGAUAAAAAUUUAUUCUUAUUUUCCAGAAACACUCAGGAAAUAUCCACCUCUACCUUUCAUCGACAGAGUCUCAAAUAAACCGUACACAUUACCUGGCUCUACAGUUACUUUAGAGGCUGGAUCACGGAUUUUAAUUCCCAGUUACGGAUUCCAUAUGAAUCCGGAAUACUAUCCUAAUCCCAAACGUUUUGACCCUGAGCGGUUUUCUGAACAGAAUAACUACGCAAAGUAUUCUCACUUGCCUUUCGGCGAAGGACCACGGAAUUGCGCUGGUACAUUAAUUCAAAAUAUCAUUGAAAUUGUAACAAAUUAUAUUCUUGUAAUAAGAAUGUCAUCACAAUAA